AUGGUGGCCGCCGAUGAAACAAGGCAGAAGACAGAGAAAGAGCUCAAAAAGGAAGCUGAAAAAGCAGCAAAAUUAGCUAAAUUUGAGGAGAAACAACGAAAACUCAAAGAGAAGGCUGCUGCUGCGGAGGCAAAGCCUAAAGAAGACAAAGUAGUGAAAAAACAACGCACUGUAGUGGAAAAGCCAAAAUAUAUCGGCGGUCAAAGACCUGGGGAAAAGAAAGAUAUUAGCAGUGGGCUACCGAAUGUGUAUGACCCGAGUUAUGUAGAGUCGGAAUGGUAUUCGUGGUGGGAGAAAGAAGGAUUUUUCAAGCCUGAGUAUGGAAGGGAGAAUGACAAAACUCCCAAUCCUAAGGGACAUUUCACCAUCUGCAUACCUCCUCCUAACGUAACUGGAACGUUACAUGUCGGCCAUGCACUUGCUACUACCGUAGAGGACACUCUGACAAGAUGGAAUCGCAUGAAAGGCAAAACUACACUGUUCAAUCCUGGAUGUGAUCACGCUGGAAUUGCAACCCAAGUUGUCGUGGAAAAGAAGUUGCAGCGAGAGAGGGGUUUGAGCCGGCAUGACCUUGGACGUGAUCUUUUUAUUCACGAAGUGUGGAAAUGGAAGCACGAGAAAGGCGGAGUAAUUUACGAUCAGCUUCGGAAAAUGGGAGCAUCGGUUGACUGGGAUCGUGCCUGCUUCAUGAUGGAUCCGAAGAUGGUUCGCGCGGUCACGGAGGCUUUUGUGAGGAUGCACGAAAGUGGUACCAUUUACCGUUCGAAUCGCCUUGUCAAUUGGUCGUGUGCGUUGCGUAGCGCUAUUUCGGACAUUGAGGUUGACAAAAAGGAACUCACUGGGCGCACGUUACUCCCCGUUCCUGGAUAUGAAGAGAAAGUCGAAUUCGGAGUGCUUGUUUCAUUUGCUUACAAGAUUAAGGGCGGAGAGGAAGAAGUAGUAGUGUCAACCACCCGUGUUGAGACAAUGCUUGGUGACAGCGCCGUGGCUGUGCAUCCCGAUGAUCCUCGCUACCAACACCUCAUCGGCAAGAUCACUCCAGCCCACGAUCACAAUGACUAUGAAGUCGGUCAACGCCACAAUCUUCCAUUCAUCACAUGUAUUGAUGACGACGGGAACAUUUCACCAGGAUGUGGGAAAUUCUCUGGCAUGCGUCGUUUUGACGCAAGAAAGGCUGUGAUUGAAGCUCUCAAAGAACUUGGAUUGUAUAGAGGAUCGGAGGAUAAUGCUAUGGUUGUUCCAGUUUGCAGCCGCUCUAAAGAUAUUAUCGAACCGUUACUAAAGGCACAAUGGUACGUAAAAUGCGAUGAGAUGGCGCGGAAAGCUGUGGCCGCCGUGGAAAGCGGGGAAUUGAAGUUGAUCCCUGACUACCAUGUCGCUACAUGGAACCGAUGGCUUCAAAGCAGUCGUGACUGGUGCAUUUCUCGUCAGCUCUGGUGGGGACAUCGGAUACCCGCUUACUUCAUUACCGUUAUCGAUGGAAAGACCCCAUCUGGAGAUCCUUGCGAUGACCGCUAUUGGGUGUCUGCUCAUUCUGAGAAAAUCGCAAUUGAGAAGGCGGCGAAGAAAUUCAAUGUUGACCGCAAAUUCAUUAAGCUGAAGUGGGACGAGGAUGUACUGGACACAUGGUUCUCCUCCGGCAUGUGGCCAUUUGCUAUUAUGGGGUGGCCAGAAAACACUUCUGAUAUGCAACUUUACUUCCCAUCAAACGUUCUUGAAACUGGUCACGAUAUUCUAUUCUUCUGGGUUGCCAGGAUGGUGUUCAUGAGUCAAGAGCUGACCGGAAAACUACCAUUCAAGGAGGUAUACCUUCAUGCGAUGAUUCGUGAUGCUCACGGGCGUAAAAUGUCGAAAUCUCUCGGGAACGUCAUCGAUCCACUAGAUGUUAUCAGAGGAGUAACGCUAGCUGAGUUGAAUCGACAGCUGACAACCGGAAACCUCGAUGCCAAGGAGCUCGCCAUUGCGCAAGCUGGUCAAGCCAGAGACUACCCUAAGGGUAUUCCGGAAUGUGGCACGGAUGCGUUGCGUUUUGCUCUUCUGGCUUACACGAGUCAGGGCAGGGACAUAAACCUAGACGUUCUUCGUGUUCAAGGUUACAGAUUCUUCUGCAACAAGAUGUGGCAAGCAGUUCGGUUCACCUUGAUGCAGUUGGGGAACGACUACAAGGCGCAAACGUUCAAGAUCAGUGGAAACGAAUCUAUAAUGGAUAAAUGGAUUCUUUCGCGCAUGGCUUACGCUGUGGGUCGUUGUAAUGCUGGAAUGGAAGCAUACAACUUUACCCAGGUUACCACUGCACUUUAUGAAUUCUGGCUCUAUGAUUUGUGUGACAUUUAUUUGGAAUUUGUUAAACCAGUGAUUUCUGCUGGUAGCGACGAGGCCCGCAAAAUCGCAAAGGCCACGCUCUACCACUGCGUUGAAACAGGAUUGAGGCUGAUCAGUCCUGUCAUGCCGUUCUUAUCCGAGGAACUCUGGCAACAUCUUCCUCGUCUGGCGACGCAUCCUCCAUCCAUCACUGUUCACGCUUAUCCAGAAACGUCACAGUAUCCGUUCACAAAUGAGAAGGUCGAGGCAGAUGUUUCGUUUGCAAUGAGCGUUGUGCGAACAAUAAGAUCUCUUCGCUCUGAUUACGAAUUGACAAAUAAGACAAAAGCUGAUCUGUACGCUUCCGUGAGUUCUGAGGAGGACCACCGGUGUCUGUCUUCACUUAUCCCUCUCAUUGAAACGCUUGCUUCAAGCAACAAGGUUGAAGUUCUGCUGCAGUCUAAUAUUAAAUCCGAAACUAUUCCCAGCGGAUGUGCACAUGUUAUCAUUUCAUCAAGAUGCGCUGUCUACAUUGCCCUACAGGGAAUAAUCAAUGUGGAACGGGAGCUAGUUAAACUGGCUGGCAAGAAGGAGAAGAAUGAGGUGCUUGUGGCAAAAUUGUUGGAGCAGGAGAGUCGUCCUGACUACGAAGAGAAGGUCCCGCUUCCUGUUCGCAUUUCCAACGCGGAAAAGAAAGAGGCAUUGCUGACCGAAAUGAAGAGCAUUGAAGCAGCAAUGGCAGCUCUUAGCGACUGA